AUGUGACCUCUCGCAGAGUGCGCAGAAAGCAAAGGUGCGCUCGUGAGUCAUGUUUACUCGUGAGUGAAUGUCAUAACAAAGGUGCAGAAAGAUAACAACAAAAAUAGAGAAAUAAGGGCUGUAGAGGCAAAACAUGGCGACUAUGGAGAAAACCAAGUCGCGACAGCCGAAAAAGAAAGUUAAAUCAAAACGGACACAUGAAACUAAAAGCCAUGAAGAAAUAUUGAACGCAUGUGCUUCCCUCUGUGAUGACAGUCAAACCCCUCAUUGUGAGGGUUUAGAGAAUCAGCUUACUGAUGAGCCUAAGGAGUCAAGAAAAGAUGAAACUGGACAACACAUUUUGUCUGACACUGAAGAAAGUCCACUUCUCUCAACACAACAAGAAGGCAUUUUUCAGAGGCACGGCAGUUCUUUAGUUGAGCACAUUUCUGAUAGAAACAUGCUUGACACUGUCGGUGCCAGCUGUCCCCUUAAUGAUACUUCCCUUGAAUCAUGUAGCCAAAAUGCAGUAAAAGUAGAAGUUCCUGAAGAUAUCUUGGUUCAGAUUAACUCACCAAUUCAUAAACCUUCUGAUGGUGCUACAAAAGCUAGCCAUCCAAAAAGUGCAGAACUUUCAACUGCUUCUCAAGAACAGCCUUACACCACUGUCUCUGAACAGUUGCUGCGGUGUAAAGUAUCAGAUGAUGUAGAAGAGGGAGUAGAGGCAAUGUCUUCUAACCGCAGUACUAUUGAUGUGUCUUGCUCAACAACAAAUAGGGAAGAAAUGUCCAAGUUUGUACAUCAGACAACCACUGUGAAUCAAAGCAGUCUCAGAAAUCGUGAAAACGAACGAGGGUUGAUACCCAAACCUCUUUCUGAUGAGGAGCUUUCUGCCCUCUAUUCCAAUCUUGAGCUUGAUGCCUGCACUGAGUUUGUUUCUAGUUUUGUUGAGUCACAUUUACGACCCUCAUCGAAACAGACACAUCCAUUGCAUGAUUUACUUGUCAUUUAUCUUAGAUCUAUUAACAGGCUUGUUGUAAACCACAUGGAAUUAGAUGCCAAUAAGAGGGAAAGUAAGGAAAAACAAAGUCAGCUUUGGAUUCUAGAAACCACAACUAUCACUGAGAGUGGAGAGUGCCAGGAUGGGAAUCCAGUUUCAGCCAGUCAUGUGUAUCAAAUGUCUAGGCUUAAUCGGCCUAUGCUCUCUCAAUUAAGACGUCUUUUGGCGGGGAUGAGAGAAUUAGUAAACAUAACACAUUCAUUGGAUGCCUAUUUAUGUGAAGCAGCAAGACUUCAAAUUGAAGGAUUAAUUCAGAAUGUUGCUCAGAGUUGCCCUGAAUUCACAUUGUUGUCAGAAAAUAGUGAAGCUAGCCUCUGUCUUGGUCCUCAUAGCCCAAGCUUUGUGCAGUCUGUCAUGGAGCUACGUGCCUGCAUUGCAAUUCUCUUCAGUUUCCAAAGAAGACCAAUGAGAGAUGAACGGUUUGUUCACGAUACACAGGAAUGGCUCUCUCGCCUUGUAGCUCUUUUAGUCCGAAUAGGCAAUUGGCAAGACCACAUGUUCUUGCUGAACCAUGUCUUAAGAUGUCCAGCAGGUGUUGGCCUCUGGGCUUCUAGCUUUGUCCAAACUCCAAUUCCUAAACAUUGUUUUGUGAACCCCAGUAGCAAUCCACCCUUUGAAAGUCCUUACAUAGAUCAUGUUAUUGUAGCACUUUCUACUAUUAUUCUUCCGAUCAGAGAAAGGACAGCGUUCUUGGAGCAGUUUAGAGCUUCUCUUGGAGAAUUCAAUGGAACAACAGAUGCUUGGAUUGUGAUUGACUCUGAUGGAGAGGAUGAUGACGAAGAUGGGGAAAAUGCUGUGGCUCUAAAAGAGAAUGAUUUGGUGGCUCUUUUGAACCAAGUUGCUAUUGGACCAAUGUUUCGAUACCUAUUGUGUGUUAAAGAGGAUGAUAAUAGACAAGACACUUGGACAGGAGCAGCUGCCACACCUCAACAUUUCCUACGCCUCCUCGCAUUCAGUACAGUCCUGGUGCGACUGCUGCGAAGGGGUCUUGAGGCACUUGCUACUCCCAGAUACAGGCAGCUCUCUAAAAGACUGGGCCGUCUUGUAAGACACACAGUUCAGUAUGCUACUGACACCUGGCAAAUUUUAAGUGAAACAUAUACUCCUGAAAAUGACCCAGCGAUGGCUAUGAGAUUGCAAAUUGAGUAUGAUGCAUUUUUAGUCAGGGCUACUAAUUGUAUUCAUUCCUCAAGGCACCUUGGUGCUUGGCAGUUCCUUGCUAUUCUUCCUUAUAACAUGGUUUCUCUACCUACUCUUUGGAAGCUUUGGUAUGCACUUCAUGAGGAUGAGCAAACUGAAGAAUCAGUUAUAAAUAGCUCUCACAGUGAAGAUUUGGAAGCCAAAGUGUACGCUCCUGCCCUCCGUGCUCAACUUGAAGAGCGUCUUGUAUCCAUGCCAGACUCAGAAUCUUAUUAUCUUUUAACUACAUUUGCCAACAUGGCUCUUGCAAGACAUAACUAUGAUUGGAUGUUUAUUCGUGCAGCAUCUCUGGAUUUAUUACAAAUUGGCUUUUUGAGUCCUACAUCUCAAGAGGCCUGCUCUAAAUCUGUAAGAAUACUUCUCAGUGGCAUAGUUGCCAAACAUCCUCCAUUGCUGUCAGAGAUACUUACAAGGCUCUCUGAAAAUUUUGCAUCAGCUGGUAAACUUAGCCUCUAUCUGUAUCGUGAGCUCCCGUUAAGUCAUUGGCAGCCUAUCAGAAGUGAUGUUGCUGUAUUGACUAGGUGGCUCUUACGGUUCCCUUUGACUUCAGCUGAGAAUGGUUUAGCUCGAUACAUUCUUACCAAUCUUAACUGGGGCUUCAAUUGCCAUGGAGAGCUCUUCUUGGUUCCUCAACUGCAUCGGGAUAUUGCUCUACUUGUCUUAAAGGCUGCUCUGCAAUAUGUCCCUGAUGCAACUGGGAGCACAGCAAUGAUAUCUGAAAGCUUAAAGCAGGUAUCAUCUAUGGUCAGAGCUCAAACGCCGGAACAAGCAUUCUUACAGUGGGUCUGGGACAUGUUUGCCAAAUUACGAUUACAUUUAUUGGAUCAGUCUGAAUCCACAGUAUGGUCUGCAAUGGCAAAUCUAAAUGAAAUGUUACACCAUGUGCCUGACUUGGAGGUGGAUAGUCUGGUGGAGCUUGCCUUAGGAGUUAAACAGGGACACAGUGUAGCAAGUUUUGCAGUAGUAGCAAUCACACAAGUUGGCCACAGUGUCCCUCAAAUUUGUGGUCAAGGAUUUAAUCACUUGUGCCACCUCCUUUCUUGUGGGCGUUAUGAAGCAGUUUUAACUCUACUGCGUCACAUCAUACCAUUGUUUUUGGAAUGUGUACCCUCCCUAUUACAAACUGACAAGUUCCAAUCAGUUUUAUCUGGUUUACUGCAAGCGGAUCGUACUUAUGUUAAAAUGGCCAAGAAUUUAAUUGCUCCUGACUUCCCUGGUCCUAUUAUAAGGCAGUUUGGCAACAUGAUUCAGAGUCAUUUGCAGUAUUUCCAGAGAUAUAAUCAGCCUGGACCACAAAAUUUUGUUUCCCUGUGGCUUCAAGUUCUGACCAGCAUGUCUGAUUGGUCGAGAGAUCCAGGAAUACUCUUCUUGCUUGAUAUUGUUUUAAAGACAGCAUUUAUUGAAAAGGAAUCUAAAAGAGUGGCAAAUGAACUACUCAGAAGCCUUUUUCAG